CUCCUCUUAAAGCGCGCGCCGACAUGAGGGCUGUCAGUGAGAAGUACAGAUAGCUCUGCGUGUGUAGCCUCCAUCUUCACUAACAGCGCCUUGUAAAUUCAUCCGGCGGCAUGUACAGGUACCUGGGCGAGUUGCUCUCUCGCGGAGCUAUAGCUUCAAGCUGUGCCGAGUCUGUGCUGCCGUCUUCCGCCGCGCUCUUGCGCGUACGCAAUUACAGCGAAGCUGUGGGAGCUUCCAAGGGUGAUGAUGACCCCAACUUCUUCAAGAUGGUGGAGGGUUUUUUCGAUCGCGGAGCUAGUAUCGUGGAGGAUAAGCUGGUGGAAGACUUGAAGACCAAAGAAUCCGACGAGCAGAAGAGGCACCGGGUUCGAGGGAUCCUUAAGAUCAUCAAACCGUGCAACCAUGUCCUGAGCGUCUCAUUCCCCAUCAAGAGAGACAACGGCGAAUGGGAAGUGAUCGAGGGGUACCGGGCCCAGCACAGCCAGCACCGCACCCCGUGUAAAGGAGGUAUUCGCUACAGUACAGAUGUAUGUGUUGAUGAGGUAAAAGCUUUGGCCUCCCUAAUGACCUACAAAUGUGCAGUUGUUGAUGUUCCAUUUGGAGGGGCCAAAGCGGGAGUGAAGAUUAACACAAGAAAUUACUCUGAUAGCGAAUUAGAAAAAAUCACAAGACGAUUCACUAUUGAGUUGGCAAAGAAAGGUUUCAUUGGUCCUGGUAUUGAUGUCCCUGCCCCUGAUAUGAGCACUGGAGAACGAGAGAUGUCCUGGAUUGCUGACACAUAUGCAAAUACGAUGGGUCACAAUGAUAUAAAUGCUCAUGCUUGUGUGACUGGGAAGCCAAUUAGCCAAGGAGGCAUCCAUGGCAGAAUCUCUGCAACUGGCAGAGGAGUAUUUCAUGGUAUUGAGAACUUCAUCAAUGAAGCUUCAUACAUGAGUGUAUUAGGCAUGACUCCUGGGUUUGGGGAUAAGACCUUUGUUAUUCAGGGAUUUGGUAAUGUAGGCCUGCACUCCAUGCGUUAUCUACACCGCUAUGGUGCUAAGUGCAUUGGUGUUGGAGAAGUAGAUGGUGCGAUUUGGAACCCUAAUGGUAUUGACCCCAAGGAGCUUGAGGAUUAUAAAUUGCAACAUGGCACCAUUGUAGGUUUUCCCAAAGCAACACCUUAUGAAGACAAUAUUCUUGAAGCAGACUGUGACAUCCUCAUCCCUGCAGCCAGUGAAAAGCAGUUGACAAAGGCCAAUGCACAACGGAUUAAAGCAAAGAUCAUUGCCGAAGGUGCAAAUGGUCCAACAACUCCUGAAGCAGACAAGAUUUUCCUUGAAAGAAAUAUUAUGGUCAUUCCGGAUCUUUAUCUGAACGCCGGAGGUGUGACAGUGUCUUACUUUGAGUGGCUGAAGAAUCUCAAUCAUGUGAGCUAUGGCCGACUGACAUUCAAAUAUGAGCGAGAUUCCAACUACCACCUGCUCAUGUCGGUGCAGGAGAGCCUGGAGAGGAAGUUUGGGAAGCAUGGCGGGACCAUCCCAGUUGUGCCCACAGCAGAGUUCCAGGCUAGGAUAGCCGGUGCCUCAGAGAAGGAUAUCGUUCACUCAGGCCUUGCAUAUACCAUGGAGCGUUCUGCCAGGCAAAUCAUGCGUACAGCCAUGAAGUACAACCUGGGCUUGGACCUCCGGACAGCUGCCUACGUCAAUGCCAUUGAGAAGGUGUUUAAGGUGUACAAUGAGGCUGGUCUGACCUUCACAUAAGGUGCCUCUCGAGCCGUGUGGCCAGGACACCCGCUCCCUCACUAACUGCCUCCUGCCUAGCCCUGUUCAGCUUUUCCAAUAUAUCGUACUUCAUUUUACAGCCUACACCAGUUUGUACGUAACCUGCCAAGAACUCUUUUGUGCUCCAGUGACUUUAGAUUGCCUUGCCACCUAAACCCGAAUUCUUCAUCUCAAUUAUUAACCUGCUGCCGGACAGCCAUUUCUCUCCAGCUGCAGUCCUUUUCUGUAAUCUUGCUGCAUCUCCAUGGUCGCUGAUGAUGAGUUUUGGCUACCUUCUUCUUAUGCCAAAGUGUUUUUGUAGGCAUUGCUGAGAGGGGGAGGGAGGUUCGUCUCCACUGCCAAAGCAGUUUUGCCAGAGGGAAUGGGUGUUGCACAUUUGUGAAGAACAACUAAGGCACAUCUGUAAACCACUGCUUCCUUAAAAGUUUCCGCAGGGCAGAGACACCUAUAAUUAAGACAUGCAAAAGUCCAGAAGGAAAUUUGACGCUGAAUGGAAAUUGUUUGCUUUUAUUUUUCUGUUUUAUGAUUUUAUAAAGGAGGGAAAAAGUGUACAUGGGAAGAAAUGGUUCUUAUUCCUUUGGUGGUCUGUGCGGAGGAUAGGUUAGUUCAUCGUUUGAGGUUGGCCUGGCUGGAUAUGGCCAUGUUCCAGAAUCAUAAUUAAUGAUUGAAGCAAAAACACAUUUGUAUUAAUUAUAGUAAGGUUUUAUGUAUGCAAUGCUCUUAUUGUUCAUUUCAGAUUUGUUUUUAAAGUGUUGGUUUCAUAUAUGUUGUUUGUACCAUGCAAGUGUGAGGAAAGAUCACCCUUGGUGCCAAUUCCUUGGGUUGAUGGGGUUUCCUGAUGCAGUUCCCAACAUAUAAAAAAAGAAAGCACUUGACUUUAUUUUUUAUAUAUAUUUUUUUAUAAUGAUUUGUCGGGCGGCACGGUGGCACAGUGGGUAGCGCUGCUGCCUCGCAGUUGGGAGAUCUGGGGACCUGGGUUCGAUUCCCAGGUCCUCCCUGCGUGGAGUUUGCAUGUUCUCCCCGUGUCUGCGUGGGUUUCCUCCGGGCGCUCUGGUUUCCUCCCACAGUCCAAAGACAUGCAGGUUAGGCGGAUUGGUGAUUCUAAAUUGGCCCUAGUGUGUGUUUGGUGUGUGGGUGUGUUUGUGUGUGUCCUGCAGUGGGUUGGCACCCUGCCCGGGAUUGUUUCCUGCCUUGUGCCCUGUGUUGGCUGGGAUUGGCUCCAGCAGACCCCCGUGACCCUGUGUUCGGAUUCAGCGGGUUGGAAAAUGGAUGGAUGGAUGGAUGAUUUGUCAAGUUUUCCAAGGAACAAGUAUGCAAGCUGUAUCCACCAAAAACAGAAUUUGGAAGUGUUCUGACCUUAUUCUAUACUGAUCAGUUAAACUGCAUGACUCAGCCACUGCGAGAAUUAAUAGUCCGUGUUUUAGUGCAGAGAGGAAAAGCGAGCGCAAGCAACGCACAGAUGUAACAUGGGAAAACUCAUUCUGGAAGAACGUUUGGUCACUGGUGUUCUUGACUCCGAGGUGCUUAUAGAUGAUUGCCUAGUUUGUAAUGCCUUUUAUCAAAAUAAAUAAAAACAGAAAUA